AUGGAUUGUUCUUUCUACCCAGCAACGUGCGUAGGAUCUCAAAAAAAAUAUCUUCAAACUCAGCAUCAACCAGGAACAAGCCUUCUGUUAUUUUUGUUUUUCUUCUGUCUUUUUUCUUCAAUUUUUUUUUUCAUUUUCUUCUCUUCUUUUUCGUCUUCUUCUCUUCUUUUUCGUCUUCUUCUCUUCUUUUUCGUUUUCUUCGCUUCCUUUUCGUUUUCUUUGCUUCCUUUUCGUUUUUCGCUUUUCGUUUUUUCUCUCUCGUUUCGUUUUUUUCUCUUUUCUGUUCCUUUUGCAGGUUAUGACCUUACAUUAGCAGCACUCAGUCCAAACCCUUUUCUUCGAGAUGAAAGUCUAGGAGCAGUUUUAUUAAUUCUCUCGUGGAUUUUCGUAGCAGGGUUUUUCAGUUACACCAAAGUGUGUAUAGCUGUGAUAUUCCGGACUCAGGGACGAAGAGGCCUCUUAUGGUAUGGUGCUGUCACACAGGCAGGCUCAGCUGUUGGUUCUAUAAUUAUGUUUGUUUUAGUCAAUAUUUUCCAAUUUUUUAUGUCUGCUCCAGUUUGUUCUUCUUCUCAAAUUUAG